AUGGCAGUGAUUGACAAGACUGAGCAGAAGAGGCUCUGCAUGAUCAUGAAGGUUUUGGCUGUCGUUGCAGCGGUUACUGUGCUCAGUGUACAUGGCGCCCGUGGCAUUGCUUUGGCAAUCAUGAGCCCUACGGCCGCUUCCCAGGUACAGGAUGUUUACAGGGGUGAAAACAAAGGCAGAGAGGAAGCAGUGCAAGAAGAGGAAUUUGUAGAGCGGCGAGAAUCCUCCAAGGGCUCUGUCUUGCCCCCUACAACCUGUGACAUCCCUCCAGAUAGGCGCUUUGACUGUUCCCCGGAAAAGCUGAUCUCUCAAGAAGAAUGUCGGGCUCGGGGCUGCUGUUAUGUCCCUGUUUCUCGCCAGGAUUCUGCCAUUGGGAGGCCGUGGUGCUUUUUCCCUCCCAGCUACCCUAGUUACAAGAUGAAGAACCUGACUGCCACUGAAACGGGCUAUACUGCCCACUUGACCCGUGACACGCCCACUUUUUUCCCAGAUGACAUAAUGAACUUACAACUGGAUGUGAUGUUUGAGACGGAGGGUAGACUUCGCUUCACGCUUAAAGAUCCAGCCAGCAAGCGCUUUGAAGUCCCUUUGGAAACUCCCCAAAUGAGCAGUAAGACAUCCUCAACUCUCUACUCUGUUCAGUUCUCUGCUGAUCCCUUUGGCCUUGUUGUUGUUCGGAAAUCUAGUGGACAAGUACUGCUCAAUACCACAGUGGCUCCCUUGUUCUACGCUGACCAGUUCCUGCAGAUCUCCACCUCCCUGCCAUCAGGUUUUAUCUCUGGACUGGGUGAACAUUUGACCUCGCUCAUCCUUAAUGUUAGCUGGACCAAGAUCACCCUCUGGAAUCGGGACAUAGCACCUGUGCCCUCCGCGAAUCUAUAUGGCUCACACCCUUUCUACUUGAUGUUGGAAGAGGGUGGCUUGGCCCAUGGAGUCUUUUUGUUGAACAGCAAUGCCAUGGAUGUGAUACUGCAGCCCAGUCCAGCCAUAACAUGGAGAACAACUGGGGGUAUCCUGGAUUUCUAUAUCUUUCUGGGCCCAGAUCCAAAGAGUGUGGUGGGCCAAUAUAUGGAUGUCAUUGGGUACCCCUUCAUGCCCCCAUAUUGGGCUCUGGGAUUUCAUCUCUGUCGCUGGGGCUACAUCUCCACUGCUGUGACCCAGGAAGUGGUCAAGAACAUGACAGCGGCACAGUUUCCCCUGGAUGUGCAGUGGAACGACCUGGAUUAUGCUGAUGCAAAGAGGGAUUUUACCUUCGAUAAGGAUCGGUUCCAAGGUAUGCCAGACAUGGUACAUGAUUUCCAUCGUGAUGGCCGGAGGUACGUCAUGAUCGUGGACCCUGGUAUCAGCAGUUCCAGCCCCCCUGGCAGUUACAAACCCUAUGAUGAAGGCCUGAAACAAGGUGUCUUCAUCUUAAAUGCAACAGGGCAACCUCUGAUGGGGAAGGUUUGGCCCGGCCCCACUGCCUUCCCUGACUUCACCAACCCACAGGCCCAGCAGUGGUGGCACGACAUGGUGAAGGAUUUCCAUAACCAAGUGCCGUUUGAUGGCAUGUGGAUUGACAUGAAUGAGCCGUCCAAUUUUGUGGAAGGUUCCUUGGAUGGCUGUCCAGACAACAAUCUUGAGAACCCCCCUUAUGUGCCAGGUGUUCUGGGGGGCUCCCUGAAGACACACACAAUCUGUGCUUCCAGUAAGCAAUAUCUGUCCUCCCACUACAACCUGCACAAUCUGUAUGGGCUGAUGGAGGCCAUUGCUUCACACGAUGCUUUAGUGAGAGUGCGAGGGAAGCGCCCAUUUGUGAUUUCCCGUUCCACCUUUGCAAGCCAUGGUCGCUAUGCUGGCCACUGGACUGGAGAUAUUGCAAGCACCUGGGAACAUUUGUACUACACCAUACCAGCGGUGCUGCUCUUUAACCUCUAUGGCGUGCCAUUGGUUGGUGCUGACGUCUGUGGCUUUGUGGGUGACACUUCGGAAGAGCUGUGUGUCCGCUGGACCCAACUGGGUGCCUUCUAUCCCUUCAUGCGAAAUCACAAUGACCAUGGAAACAGGCCCCAGGAGCCGUACUCCUUCAGUCAGGGAGCCCAGAAGGCCAUGAGGAAAGCCCUUCUCCUGCGCUACUCACUUCUUCCCUACCUCUACACUCUCUUCCACAAGGCCCACUCUGCAGGGGAGACGGUUGCCCGCCCUCUUUACCUGGAGUUCCCCGAAGACCCCAAUACGUGGAACAUUGACCGGCAGCUCAUGUGGGGAGCAGCACUUCUUAUCACCCCUGUACUGGAGGCAGGGAAGACAAAAGUCAGCGGCUACUUCCCUUUGGGCACAUGGUACAACCCAAUGGCUGGAUCCACCAUUCACAGCAAGGGGCAGUGGAUUCUCUUACCAGCUCCACUUGACACAAUCAAUGUCCACAUACGUGCAGGAUACAUCUUACCAUUGCAGGAGCCUGCCUUAACAACCACAGAGUCCCGCAAAAAGGGGAUGACCCUGGUGGUGGCUUUGACACCAGAAGGGGUGGCUAGAGGUGACCUAUUCUGGGAUGAUGGUGAAGGACUACUGACUUUUGAGAAGGGUGACUAUACACAGAUCCUCUUUCUGGCGAGAAAUAGCAUGCUGGUAAAUGAGAUUGUGAGGCUCAAUGGCCAAGUCGAUGGGCUGUUGCUUCAGGUAGUGUCUGUGUUGGGUGUUUCCAGCCCUCCUCAUCACGUCCUGGCAAAUGGCAUCCCAGUUGCAGACUUCUCUUACCGCCUAGACACAAAGAUCCUUAACAUCUCCCUCUCUCUGCUGAUGGGGGAGCAAUUUGUCAUCACCUGGUCCUGACCCUAGAAGGGAAGCUCAUCGGUUUUGCAGAACCAUAAUGA